AUGGGGAACGAACAAAGCUCUUCCUCGUCCGCCCCGUCUUCAUCCUCUUUUCCUUUUUUACCGAAUAAAGGUAGUGUAAAGAAGAGUAAGGGAAUAGUUGUUGUAAAGGAUGGCGCUGUCAAACAAACCACAAUAGAUGAAGAUGAGAUGUACAAAAGAUUCAGGGAUAUCCCGAAGUUCCUCCCAAUUCUUCUCGCUGCUAUCGGUAAAAAAGAUAUUUCCAUUGAUAGCACUCUCAAAUCUCUCAGUUCUCCUAUCCUCAGAUUUUCCGCUCGUCUUCAUGAACACAUCCAAGUUUGUUCUAAAGUACUCAUAUUAGAGCAAAACUCCCUAGACUCUCAAACUAAGAAACUUGAUGUUGAACUCACCACCGUGGCUACUACAUUAACAAAUAAAAAAAAGGCUUGCGAUGAAAUGGCAGAGAUUGUUUCCAAGUUCAACAAAGUCAAAGAUGAAGUAAAAGCCAUCCAAGUACUGUUAGAAGAGCUUGUGCCUGCUGCCGAAACCCUCAAUGAGCUUCUGCCUCCUACAGAACGUCUACCGCGCAUAAAUUUCCAAUCUGUUCUUCACAACUCACGCGAGUCUAAUUCUAACUUGAGUACUCCUCGAAAACAAAUAGACGAAAUAAAAGUUGUGGAUGGUUGA